AAGAAUGGAAUAUGAUACAAUAACGAUUAAUCGAUUAGUCGAAAGUUCACUUACACAUCCCUAAAUAGGAGCUGUCAAAAACAUACUUUUGCAAGUGAGCGAGUGAGAUUGGAAUUCCUAUUCUUUUGAGAAAUUAAAAGAUAAUUAAUACUAAAAAGAUGUUGUCCCAAUCUAUUUUGAGUGGUGUACGCGUUUUGCGCGUCGAAGCCCGCCGCAGCAUUGGUAUCGUUGCCCCAGCCUUGAGCAAAGCCUCCGAUCCCAUCCAGCAAUUGUUUUUGGAUAAAGUUCGUGAAUACAAACAAAAGAGCUCCGGUGGCAAAAUGGUUGACCCCUCUCCCGAAAUUGAACGUGAAAUGAAAAACGAAUUGGAACGUGUUGCCAAGCAAUACGGCAGUGACGGCAAAACCGAUAUGACCAAAUUCCCUGACUUCAAAUUCCCCGAAGUUAAAGUUGAUCCAAUCACAUCAACCAACUAAAUGAUGUAAAACAGUUUUAGUUUAAUGAUUCCAACAACAGUGUUCUAAGAUAUUAAUGCUCUGAGAAAAAAAAACAACAGAAUUGGAGGAGCUGUUAUGUGCGUGUGUAUCUUUUGUUUUUCAGUUCAACAUUAAAUUUAUUCAAAAUAAAACGAAUUCGGAAAACAACA